CUCUGCAAGGGGCAUUUUAUAUCUCAAAACCAGCUGGACAGCUAGCAGAGAGAGAAUAGAGUGACCUGAUACCUCAUUGCCAACAUUUUCCCUUUUUUGAAGUGCCGUUUUCUGUUUUUUAUUUGGACAUAUUUUUCACUCUUGGUAAAUUGCAUCAGUACCCUGAGAAGCCAGUGUUGACUGUUUCCAGUGUACAGACAGGGGCUGAACCUGCUUUGUACUCUCUACGCACGUUAGCAGCAGCUACUAGAACCACAUCAUGGUGCUGAAUUGUACAGAAAUCGUUGACGUGCUGGAGAGGUACUACCUGUCGCCGUCUUAUGGCAUCCAGUUCUGCAUUGGCUUCCCUGGAAACCUUUUGGUUAUACUCGGCUACAUAUUUUGUUUGCCAAAGUGGCAGAGCUGCAAUAUUUACCUCUUCAACCUGGCCGUCUCCGACCUUAUUUUCCUCUGCACGCUGCCACGCCUCUCAUACCUCUAUGCAAAUGACCAAUCAGAGACCAGUCCCUACGCUUGCGUAAUCAACCGCUAUAUCCUACACGUCAACCUUUACUCGUCCAUCCUGUUCAUGGUUUGGCUCAGCAUGGACCGCUUCCUGCUGGUACGACAUCCAACACAGAACCACUGGCUGCUGAGGCCACGGACGGCCCUGAUCGUCUCCGCGCUGAGCUGGCUGGCCGUCAAUGUGGAGGUCGCUCCGAUGAUAUCACUGAUGGUCCACGACCUUCGGAGUAGAAACUGGAGCCGCUGCAAGGACUUUGCCAGCCUUAGAGGAGAUGUCGAUGCGUUGGGCUACAGCCUGGGGCUAACCAUGACCGGUUACCUUCUCCCUCUGCUUGGACUUUGUGGCUUUUCCUACAAAAUCGCACAUCUGCUACGUAACCAGGAAAGGGCCCUGCAGGGCAGGACGGGGUCAUAUAAGCGGCCUCUCAGGGUUGUUGUGUCGGCUGCAGUCAUGUUCAUGGUUAUCUACACUCCGUACCAUGUACUGAGGAAUGUCAGAAUAGCAUCUCAACGGGCCUGGGCGGGGAGGGAGCUGUGCACUGAGAAGUAUAUAGAGGGCCUGUACAUCGUGACCCGACCGUUGGCCUUCUUGCACAGCGUCAUCAACCCUGUGUUCUACUUCCUGAUGGGAGACAAGUUCAGGGAGAUCCUUUUCACUAAGCUGAGAAAGCUGGUCAGGAAGAGACAGCAGCAAAGAGAGUCGAGCUGACUAAAUCCAACACAAGGUUCCUACAUACAGUAUGAGGGGCAUGUUGAGAUCGUACAUCCAAAUUAAAUAAAUGCAUUAUCUGGAUGAAAACAAUUGCUUUUUUAAGAGUAGCACUCUGUUUCAGCAAGCAUGGCAGUACAGUAUGUGCUGUAUGCUGGUUUGUAUUUGUAUCUGUAUUUAACAAAAAAGAAGCACUAUUGGUUAUUGUUAGAAAAUGUUUACCGUUGUGAAAUCAUUGAACAGGACAUUUAUUAAAUGCUUGAAAGCAUGAAGCAGAGUUGAAACACAUACAAGUCAUGAUUCAAAGCUACUCAACGCUUUCCUUCUACAGCUUUGAGUUACAUAGUCUGAGGUGACAAACAUCUGUGUCCUCCUGCUCAGGGGAGGGGGGCUGGAUCAGCUCCCACUGGUCAUCCUCCACAUCAUUGUCAUUCAGGAUUUAUGAAAAAUUCACAACACGAGUUCCUUGGUAAAAUAUCUAGAUCCUGCCUCACAAAUCAUCCUAAACUUCUGUUUAUCACAGGAAAACCAUGUAUGAGUUCCAGAGGUCACAGACCUUCUGUUCACUCAGAAGAGUGAACCUUAUUUUAAUUUAGUUGUUGUAUUUGGACAAUUUUUGGUCAUUUGUACUCAUAUUUUGUGCAAUUGAAUCAGUAUUCCACUGUAUUAUUUUUAAAUGCAAUAAAGCAUUACUCAAUUAACAA